UACCAGUUUGUUUACCAAAAAAUAGGGAAAAAAUGACAGACGACGUGGCGGAAUCUCCGCAAAACAGAACGCGCUUUCUCGUCGUAAAUGCCGAUGAUUUUGGAUACUGUGAUCAAAGAAACCGUGGUAUAGUAGAGUCGUUUCAAAACGGAGUAGUUUCUAGCGCUAGUCUUCUUCCAAACGCUCAUAGGGCUUUAGAAGCGGUACAGUUGUCUGAGGAAUAUCGAAUACCCCUCGGUCUUCACCUUAAUCUGACCGAGGGAAGACCAAUAGAAACACUUAACAACACCCUUACGUCAGAGAAAGGUUUACUGAGGGGAAAGUUUAAAUUUAGAGAAGCGCUGAAAAAUGGAGAGAUAGAUCUGGAUGAGAUUAAAGAUGAAGUACAGGCUCAGCUGCAGUGGUUUGUUAGCACUGUAGGAUCAUUACCCACACAUAUCAAUGGACAUCAGCAUGUUCAUGUCAUACCACAGGUGUGUGAAAUUCUUGCCACAGUCAUGAAAGAGAAUGGAGUUCAUUGGACAAGAAUACCAGUGGAACGCAACCUAGAUGAAUGCGUAUGGAUUGAAGAAUCAAGGAAACAUUUCUACAAAUCUGUCAUAACUGAGGCAGAGGAUGCCAAAGUGGUUUUCUUGAGUCAUGGAAUAAGGUUUGCAAAUAACUUCAUUGGCCUCAGCACCCUUGGAAAAGAUAUGAGACUCCCAAGACUUGCAAAAGCCAUAGAAAAUGUAUUCAUACAACAAGAGUUACAUGAUAUUGUUAAAAAGGACUGUAAAACUGUGUGUGAGCUUAUGGUGCACCCUGGGUAUAAGAGUAUUAUGGGUUGUGGAGGGUGUGGUGAAGGACCUGAUUUGUUUGCCUGCUCUUCUGACAGGGAGCACGAAUUGACAACACUUGAGAGCUCUGACCUCAAAGAGUUCCUAAAAUCUAACAAUAUUUCAGUAUGCUCAUUUAAGGAAUUGCAAUAACCCUUCUAAACCCUAAACCCUCCUUCUUCUUAAGUUAGACUAAACUGUAUUUAGAAAUUGUAUUUACAGUGAGUUAUUUAUGAAAAUGUCAUUUAAUAUUUAUUUAUUUAACAAUAAAGAAUAAUUUAUUUUAAGUUAAGCUUAAGCAUCUUUAUUUAAGUCUGUGGAUCACCAAAUCUACAAAAAUCAUAAGACAACCUGUAUGUAUAGGACUACAUUUUCAGGUAUCCAGUAUGUAUUUAAUAAAUACUUAAUAAAUAUUUACUAUUUUAACUCUAACUCAUCCUCAGUCUGGUCUCAAAUCUCUAUUGCCUCAUCAUAUAUUUUUAGGAUGAAUAAGUGGCUAAAAUCAAAACUUUAUUCCAAAAUAAUGCCAGCUCCUCUGCAAUAACAUUUAAGUACAGUGAAGAAGAUCAGCAGUGUGGUGUUGUUGUACCAAGCUAUUGCAGCUCCAGUGACAAAAACUGCUAAAUUGUGGAAUCUGAACCUCAAACGUCUAGUGUGCCAUACAAAACUAGCACUAGGUAGAAAAAUGAAAGACAUACUUGAGAGGCUUGAAAUGAAUGUAUUGAUAGCUGUAUUAUGUCAAGAUACAAUUCCUUAUGAAAGCAUAAGUAACAAACAACAUAAUGAUAUUCCUGUUGAGGACAUAAUUAGUUUAAAUUAAUAACAUUGUUUUUAGACAUUUGUCAUUGACAAAGAGGCGAAGAAUCAGCUAAUAUUAACUUUAUUCUCCUGAUCAAAUGAAAUUGAAAUGCAGUCUAUAUGGUUUCUCACAAAACAUAUUCCUGUGUUAACGUGAAAUGAAAAUAGACUGAAA